AUGGCUCAUCAACCUCAGCCAUUAAAGAUCCUCGCAAUAGGCUCGCCCCUGUCUGCCCUCGGCACCCUUGUAGACAAGGUCACCUCUAUCAACUCCAAGCAUGGUCCCUUCGAUGCUUGUGUCAUUGUCGGUGAUCUCUUCAAACAGGAUAGUGACGGUAGCGAGCUGGGAUCCCUCGCAUCGGUCUUCCCGGUCCCAACGUACUUCACGAUCGGCAAGUAUGCCUUACCGCAGAGUGUGAAAGACAAGAUCGAAGAGACCGGGGGCGAGGUCGUGCGGAAUCUCGUGUUCCUAGGAAAGUCUGGGGUACUCAGUACGGCCCAAGGUUUGAAAAUUGCCUAUGUGGGUGGUACAUAUGAUGAAGAAACGUAUAACAUUCCCUCAUCUGAAAACUCAUCGACGAGCACCAUCUCCCAAAACGACGUGAACGCCCUCCUCUCCAAUCCACUUAUCUCGCCUGCUACCAAAGUAGAGGACAGUCUUGCCUCUGCCAGAGACGGUACCUCUGUACUACCCUCCCCAUUUCAGGGAAUAGACCUUCUCCUGACUUCCCCUCCUCCCCCGUCCCUAUCUCUCCUCUCACCAUCAUUCCCCUCUUCUGGGAUAUCUCUUGCUACCCCCGCUCCUCCGCUUGCGGAGGUCAUCAGGAGGGCCAGACCGAGAUAUCUAUUCUGGGCUGACGGAGAGGGCUUCUGGGAGCGUGAACCGUGGGGAUGGUCAGGAUCAGAUGGGAAGGAGGAAAGGUGGACAAGAGCUGUCAAGUUAGGAGCGUUAGGUGGUGAGACGUCCGAGGGUGGGAAGAAGCCGAGAUGGUUCUAUGCUUUCUCCCUCCCAGCACAAACACCCACUACUGCCUUACCCAAGAGACCCGCCAAUGCUACUCCCAAUCCCCUCGUCUUGGCCUCGGCGCCCGCACAUAACGAGCGUAAAAGACCUCCAUUGGAAGAUCAGCAUGUUAUAGCGCGAGAGGAAAGUACGAUGAAGAAGGGUCGCACUGGUCCCACAGGUCCACCUGAUUCGUACAUUUGCAAGGUGUGCAAAGUGCCAGGCGUAGACUGCCCACAAAGAAAGGAAGUCGACCAUACGAAGCCCCCUCCAAAUUACUCGUGCAAGAUAUGUGGAUCUCAUGAACACUUUAUUCGAGAGUGUCCAGAGAAGGACAAGUCCGAUGCACCUCGCAAUACACAGGGUCGUCGUGUGCCUUCUCAGAAUUAUGUCUGCAGAGCGUGUGGAGCGGGUGGCCAGCACUACCUUCGUGAUUGUCCGGUGCAUGUCGAAAAGGAGCAGGAGAAGCAUAAGAAGAAGGAACUUGGUCCUGCAGAAUGCUGGUUCUGCUUGAGUAAUCCCAAAGUCACCAAGCACCUCAUUGUGGCCAUCGGUUCUGAGACCUACGUGACGCUUCCCAAGGGUCAACUCAUACCUACGACAGCCGCUCAGGUUGCACAGGGAGGGUUCAAACCUCUCGUCCCCGGUGGAGGUCAUGUGCUGAUUAUCCCCAUUGCACAUCAUCCGACAUUGAUGUCGAUUCCUGCCGAAGACGCAAUGAGCAUCAUCACCGAACUCGAGUCUUACAAAUCUUCAUUACGAGCAUGCUAUGCAGCUUAUCAAGCUGUUCCGGUCACUUUCGAAAUCGGUCGCUUGUCGGGUCGCGGAGGACAUGCACAUGUACAAGUCGUUCCGGUGCCGAAGGAAUUGACCGACAAAGUAGCACACGCUUUCAGGGUCGCGGGAGAGAAACAAGGGAUAGAUUGGGAAGACGAACCUGAGAGAGCAUUGGCCAGAGUGGGGCCGACGGGAAAUUACUUCAAGGUCGAAUGUCCGGAUGGCACCAAGAUGGUUCAUUUGCUCAAGGGAAACUUUGAUCUCCAAUUCGGGAGGAUGAUCCUAGCUGGGUUAUUAGGACUGCCACAUCGGAUAGAUUGGAAGGACUGCGGUCAGACAGAAGCGGAGGAGAAGGAAGACGCACAAAAGUUCAAGAAAGCUUUCGCUCCGUUUCAUUCAUGA